CUUUCCUCACACGCUUCUGAACGGGACGGUUCCGUACGAAGUCAGAGAACACCCACGGCAAUCGAUCGGCAGUCUCCGAAGUGAGGAGAAGUAGGCCAUGGUGGUGAACGUGAACUGAGACUGGAAAGACAGGAAAGACUCCUGAUAGAUCGGUGGGUUUUUUUUAUGAUUUGACCUUUAAUCUCUCGAAGUAAAGAACUUAAAGUCGUCUUUCCGGUCUGAUUUGGAAUUACGGUACCAUGAAGAUCUCAGAAGGCGCGCUGGACUUGGGCUCAACGGAUUACGCGGUGGCCCUGGAUCCGACCUACACCAUGCUGGAGUUCGACAGCCUCAGAGUUCUCCCAGUGGACUCAGAGCCGCUGAGGCCUGAGCCGUCCCUCGUAGGCACAGCCGGACUGCCCCAAGCCGCUGUGAUGCUGUGCUCCAUCUGCGCAGAUAAAGCAACCGGGAAACACUACGGUGCGUCCAGCUGCGACGGCUGCAAGGGCUUCUUCAGGAGGAGCGUGCGCAAGAACCACGCCUACACGUGCAGGUUCAGUAGGCAGUGCGUGGUGGACAAGGACAAGAGGAACCAGUGUCGAUACUGCAGACUACGGAAAUGCUUCAGGGCUGGCAUGAGGAAAGAAGCUGUACAGAACGAGCGAGACAGGAUCAGCUGCCGUCGAGAAGCUCAGGGAGUCGGGACUCUGACCAUCAACAUCCUGUUGAAAGCAGAAGAGCGCACACAUCAGUUCUCUGCUCUGACACCACCCAUGAGGGACGUCAUCUCGAAGAAGAUUGCUCGACCAUCCGAUGUUUGCGAAUCCAUAAAACAGCAGCUCCUCCUCCUGGUGGAAUGGGCGAAAUGCCUCCCCGAGUUCUGUGAGCUGCCGGUGGACGACAGGGUCAGCUUGUUACGAGCUCACUCGGCUGAGCACCUCAUCCUGGGCGUGGCUCGUCGUUCGCUACCCUACAACGAUGUAAUCCUGCUAGGAAACGACUUCAUCGUCCCCGUGAACGGUCCAGAGCCGGAGAUGUCCAAAGUGGCAGGACGUGUCUUAGAAGAGCUGGUCAGGCCUCUGAGAGAGCUGGACAUAACCGACACGGAGUUCGCCUGUCUCAGAGCCAUCGUCUUCUUCGCUCCGGACUGCCCGGGGCUGGAGUGCGCUCAGGUGGUGCGCAGGCUGCGUUUCCAGGCCCACGUGUUGCUGGACGAGGCGACGUGCGAGCAGCGCGGCCGGUUUGGGGAACUGCUUCUCCUGCUGCCUCCACUGCAGAGCACUGCCUGGCAAAUGGUGGAGCAGCUGCAGCUCGCCCGGCUCUUAGGAGAAGCCAACAUGGACAGCCUGCUGCAGGAGAUGCUGCUCGGAGAGUCAGCCACAGGUUCAAACUCAGAAGUGCUCGGUUUCAGCCCUCAUGUAGACCCGAUUCUGCCACGGAACCUACACCCGGAACAAGUGGCACUGCCAAACUUCACCUCCGUCAUCCUCCCUGUACCGUCCUCGCUAGCUGGAGUUCCUCUGCUCGCCGUACAGCCUGGCGCUCAGCUCUACACACACACACCGACUGCAGAAAUGACACUGGAGAUAGACAGCUGUCUCACCAAGCCCGCAGUUCACACAUGUCUUUGAGCAGACAGACACACACACUCACACACACACACACACUUCAUAACACUGCCUUAUCUAGACCUUCGCAUACACACUCACACUGCUAAUGUUUGCUAAUGUCUAUUUGCUAAUGAUAUGUAUAUUCCCUCUUACACCAAGACCAUGAAAAACACUCGUUUCUGAUUAGCUGGCGUUCAGGGAGCGCACGACGUAGCCGAAAACACGCUCAACGGCAACGUCAUUCUAUACGAUACAAUAAAUACGUACUAACACACGUUCCUGAAUUUCGUCUGAUACCAGAUACAUGACACCCAAAACAGGAAACUGAUUUUGCCUGUCACGAACAAAAUGCGGAGAUGAAAUAAGUUAUCUCCAGCAGGGGGCGGUAAAAGUACUCGGAGCUCAGAGAACAAACAACGUAGCCAACGACCGACGUAUUCAAAUCUCAGUCAGCCCACUGGAGGACGUUGAGACGACAUAAUUUUUUUUUUAAAUCGCUCUUCUUAAAUGUUUUUUUUUUUGCUAGCAUUAAUGAGAUCUUUAUUGAUUAAUGAGUCUUUAUUGGUCACAGCACAGUGAAAUUCUGUUCUUUGCAUACCCCAGUGUGUUAGGAAGGUGGGUUAGAGUGCAAGGUCAGCCAUGAUACAGUGCCCUUGGAGCAGAGAGGGUUAAGGGCCUUGCUCAAGGGCCCGACAGGGGCAGCCUGGCAGUGCUGGACCUUCCGAUCAAUAACCCAGAGCCUUAACCGCUAAGCCACCACUGUCCCCAUCAGACAGAUUGGAAUAAUUAUCCGGUCGUGUGUUACCGGAUAAACGGCGCCCCUAAAAAUGUAGAUUAUAUCGAUUAGUCAUGUGAGAAAAAUUGCGUGAAGGAAAUUUGAAGAAGAGUGUGGGGAUGAAAUAAAUCAUCGCCAGCAGGGGGAGCUGACGGGCCUGAAUGGCACAACAACAACAAA